GCUUUCGAUUUCGACUUCCGCCUGUGAGGAUUGUUGUUCGGAAACCUCCGCAGACUUCUUGCGAUUAUAAGUCUUCAACCGCCUAUUAGGAGUAUGUUGAAGUGGGCGACACGUUUCCUGUUCAGUCUGAGCUGCUGAUCUCCGAACAGAGCACAACAUGAAUUUCCAGAAGCUGCUGCUGGAGGUAGCGAACGAGCUGAGUAAGGAUGAAGUGAAAGCCUUAGCAUUUCUUUGCACCGACCUCCUGGGUCGAAACCCCGCCUCAGUGGAGUCGGCCAAUGACCUCUUCGCCCUUUUGAAGGACAGAGACGAGCUGUCUGCCGAACGACCGCACCUGCUGACUGAGCUUCUCCACAUCAUCCAGCGACCCCGUCUGGUCCAUCAACUAAACCUCCCUGACAAUGCAACUGCAAAUGUCAUCUCUCCUUACAGGAAGCUGCUCUACAGCCUGUCUGAAGAGCUGAGUAAAAAAGACUUGAACGAUAUGAAGUUCCUGUUAAACGAAAAUCUCCCGCGGAAAAAACUGGAGGAUGUUACUACACUGGAGGUCUUUCUGGAGUUGGAGCACAAAGACCUCAUCAACGAAACAAACCUUGAAUUACUGGAGACCACACUUCAGUCGAUCUGUCCCAUGCUGCUAGCGAAAAUCCACCAGUAUAAAGCGCUGCAGGAAACUCACAGGGGCCCUGUAGCUCAGGAAACAAGUCGGCCAAGGUCUAACACUUACCCUUCAGAAGAAAAACAGGUCCCUGAAUCUCGUGUGAGGACUUUCACAAAUGAAAUACCAGGACUGCCACCACUGCCUGAGUCUAACUUGAAUUAUUCCAACAUCUCUAUGGAUGUUCCAAAUACAUUACACAGUGGAGAUGAAUUUGAUGCCCUGUCACGUGGAGUGAGAGGUUUAAGCACCGCAACAGUGAGAAGUGAUGCGUCUGCAAUGUCUCCUCAAGAACACGAGAUGUCCUCUGGAGAGCUGAGGUCUCCGACUGCCACCACAAGCACAGAUUUGGAAACAUAUCCCAUGACUGCAGCAACAAGAGGUAUCUGCCUGAUAAUAAACAACUACGACUUCACCAAUUCCAGAAAGACGCUCUCAAAGCGGGAGGGGACCCAGUUCGAUUUAAAAUGUCUGCAAACAGUGUUUACAUGGCUCCGCUUUGAGAUAGAGACACAUCAGGACUGUACGAGCGAGAAGAUGCUGUCCGUGAUGCGGGACCUCAGCAGCAGAGACCACAGUCAGAUGGACUGUCUGGUGUGUUUCAUUCUCAGCCACGGCAUUGAGGGGAGUGUGUACGGUGUGGACGGCAACACUGUCACUAUUCAGGAGCUGAUGGAACUUUUCAGUGGACUUAAUUGCUCAUCUUUGUUACAAAAACCCAAGAUGUUUUUCAUCCAGGCCUGCCAGGGCAAUGAUGAGCAGAAGCCCGUCUUCAUAGAGUCUGAUGGCCCCUCACGAGGUUCUGUUCACAGCGAUGCUGUUGCAGUGAAAGACUCCAUACCAUCUGUUGCAGAUUUCCUGCUGGGAAUGGCCACCGUCCCUUCUUUCGUCUCCUUCAGAGAGAGGUCAAACGGCACGUGGUUUAUCCAGUCAUUUUGCCAAAAUCUUGUCACGAUGGUGCCCAGGAGUUCUGACAUUCUGACCAUCCUGACAAAGGUGAAUGCAGAUGUUAGCCGUAAGACUGAUUCCAGGGGUAUGAAGAAGCAGAUGCCUCAACCAACCUUUUCGCUCACGAAGAAAGUGGUCUUUCCGAUCCCCACAGUUCCUCCUCCCAACCUGUUGCGCUGAUGGCAAUAAUCUGCUGCUUCUCUGAUCGAGUGACACAUCAGAUGAGUCCUGAGACACAAGUGAUUUAUUCACUCUUCACAGCUCCGUCUGCUGAUGAAGACUGGGAUGUUUCUAAAAGCUACGAUGGUUAUGACUGCCUCCAUCCGCUGUUCACUUACAUCAUUUUACUUGAUUCUUAAUGUUGAACUUGAAUAUUGAAUGUAUGAAUGGAUGAGUUAGUCGUGCCUUGUGAUUUAGACAUAGCAUAAACAUAUUUUCUAUUCUCUCUACUACAAUAUACCAUUGUUUAAUUAUUGUCCCUUCAUUCAUAAAGGCUGUAUACAUACAGUUGCUGCACAUCCAAAAUCUUAUCUAAAAUCUUUGAAGAAUGUCAGACACAGCAGUUUGUUGUUAUAUUUUUUAUAUAGUAAAACAAUAAAUCUUUAUACGCUGUGAUUGUA